UCCUACACAGCAGCAGGUGACAGGUGUGUAAAUAAUGGUAAUUUUAAUUUUAAACUAAACCUUGCUUGUUAUUUACAAAUUGUAAGAGUUAAUGGUAAUACAUUGCGUUAAAUAAUUCGAUUUCCAAGGAACCUUCGACAUCCAAUGUUCUCUAAGGUCAACCUAACUUUAAUUAAGACCGGGAAGGGAAACCGAUGUCAUCCUUCGUGGUGACGACGACCACCACCACCACCAUGGCGCCAUUUGGAGAAUGUUGUUCUCUCUGCCUUACCCAGUUACCCAUCCCCCCGACGAAACAGGCUUCCUUGGCCCCCACCUUUCUCCGCCAGCUCGUCGACAUGCUCGGUUUCGACGUGGCGCUCCCACUCUGCGACGGCUGUCAUGGCGACGUCUUCUCCGUCCUUGAGAUUAUUCGACAACUGGACACACUACAGAAGGCGUUAAGUCACGGCGUGGAGGGUAUCAGGGACAAGAAGAUAGUUAAGACGGAAUUGGUCGAACCCAGCAUAAACGGUGCGGAGGGAAUGUCUUCAGGAGCAAUAACAUGGCUUAUUCUACCAGAAGUAAAGAUGGAACAAGAAGAAACCGAAGAAUGGAAUACAUCCGAAAUUCCUUCGGAGGGAAUCAUAAUCUCGCUACCCCCUCCGACCAUGGGACAUUUUUUGGAGCCUGCAGCGACGACAUCUCAGCAAGAUAAUAAUUACCAAAAACAAGAUGGUGACUAUGACCAAGAUCUCGAAGUUAGUGAGGACGGGACCGACUCUUCUUCCGAUGACGAUAACGAAAGUGGCGUCGAUGAAGAAUCCAGCCCUCCCCAAGCCAUCAAACCAUCGACAUCAACUCCUCAUCCGGCGAAACGAAAACCAUCAAACGUGACAAGAAAUUUCGGACUGUUGGAUGAAUUAAUAACUACUUUAUCAUUAAAUCCACCACUAUUCCAAUGUAACGCGUGCUUGAAAAAAUUCAAAACCAAGGCGAACAUUAAAUACCACCAAUUUUGUGGGAAUGCUGAUAGUGAAAAACCGUUCAAGUGUGACCAGUGCGGAAAAGGGUUCAUUAGUAAAUCCCACUAUGAAUAUCACCUGAGAACCCAUACAGGUGAAAGGCCAUACCCUUGCUCCGAGUGUGACAAAAGUUUCAACCAAAAGAGCAAACUUACGCGUCACAUGUGUAGCGCUCAUGAUGGAGAAAAACGUUAUGUUUGUGACACAUGUGGAGCUGGAUUUGCAACAAAACAAAGACUGCAAGCCCACGAUGUGACUCACACUGGUCAAAGGCCUUUCUCCUGUGUACAUUGCGGAAAAAGAUAUGGUGAUGGGGCCAGCUUACGCAGACAUAUGAACACUCACGCAGGUGAGCGACCCUCCCACGUGUGCAUUCAUUGUGGAAAAAUCUAUCAACACAAGGAUACUUUGGACGCUCACAUGAGAACACAUUCGGAUGUGCGACCCUUUGCGUGCGAUCAAUGUACGGCAGCUUUCCAUGACAAGAGAGAUCUCAAAAGGCACCUUCUCACUCAUACGGAUGAACGUCCCUUCAAAUGUGACUUUUGCGCAAUGCAAUUUCGCCGUAAGGACGGUCUCCAACGUCACAUUAAGAACAUUCAUAUUAAGGGAAAAAAUAAGCCAAAUCUGAAAGACAGAAUUCAAACGAACUCGUCCGUUCCCGAAUUAAAAUUCGACUCAGCCGACAUAAAUGAAGAACUUCUCCCGAAAAAUGAAGUGGAAUCGGAUGUCAACGAUGAGGAUGAUCCACUGUUAUGUAAUAUGUGAAUUAUUACAUAGGUAUUAUGAAUAUGAUAAGUAUGUAAUCAGUUGCAAAGUGUUCAUUACAUUUUUAAUACUUAUAUUGGCAGGAAGAUUGUACAAAAACAUUUACAUAACAAACUCUGUCCGCAUUAAUACGCUACAUAUAUUUACAUACUAUCAAGUACACAUUUAUAUAUGUUGAUGAAAACAAAUAGUGCACCAUUAUAUUGAAUAAAAAAGUGUUCAGUAAAAAAAAUGUG